AUGCAUUUUGUUUAUUGUAUUGCUGAAUUUCUUGUUAUGUUAUUACAUGAUACACUUCAUUCAAAACAAGUUAUUAAAGUACAAGAUUUAAUAAAACAUUAUGAUUCAUUAUUAGCAAGUGGACAUGAACCUGAAACACAUGCUUUGACAGCAUUAGAACCACUUUUAUAUGAUUUUUUUUCUUGUUCGAGUUAUGCAAAUAAUUAA